AUGGCUUGGAAUACCAGUGAAAAGGCCCUCGAGCUCUUCAUAAUUCAGAUUUGCAGUACGGUAUUUGUGUACCUCUCAGGGUGUUUACGGUUCUGGGCGCAGUCUAUCAAUGGGAGAAAGAAGAUGAGCGAUGCAAAAGAUGAGAAGCCGCAUCCACUGGAUGACAAGUUGAUGUAUAUGUCGGUGCUUCUAUACAUCUCCCAGGCUAUCCUCAUAGUACGAGGCAUAGUCGGAGGCGGAAUCGGGCAGCAUGCGGAUAACUUGAACGAGGCGGAAGUUGUCAAAGGCUUCCAGACAUGGUAUUUCGGGGAACUACUAUACGCCGCACUUUCAUGCUCCGUCAAAACAUCGUUAGUCGUGUAUCUCCGCCGGGUGUAUGUCGUCAACAGUCCCUCACUUAAAAUCAUUUUGAAUUUAUGCCUUGUCUGCAUCUGGGCUACGUCGACUGCGUUUUUCUUUGCCAGCAUUUUCCAGUGCUCCCCCGUUGGCUACUACUGGGGUCAAUUCAGGCGCCCCACUGUGCCUGAGAGAUCUGACAAAACCAUUGUGCGUGGGAAAUGUCACAAAAACAUUGUGCCGAUUGCUGGUAUAGUCCUUAGCAUCGUUUUGGCUAUCAGCGACUGGGUCUUGGCUCUGGUACCUAUCAUGAGCCUAUGGAAAGGGUCGUUACCUUGGAAGACCAAGUUUGGAAUUCAAGCACUGGCUAGUUUAGGGGUCCUCGCCGGUGUGGUGAUGAUUGUUCGCAUUCCCUAUAUCAAGAUGUUGGAACCCACAAAGGAUUUCCUUUACGAAACGGUAGAUGUGGCCAAAUGGACUGUUAUAGAGGCGACUCUGGGAAUCAUAGCGGGAUGUUUGCCAAGUAUUUGGUCAUUGGUACGUUUCGCGAGAUCCAGACGUUCCUCACCAAGCCUUGACCGGGCAGACGAUGAGAAGGCAAACACGACCCACCACAAUCGCCGCACUAUUCUCGUCGAAACAACUGUUGAUAUCUCGACACGAUAUAUCAAUAAUUCCGACGACCGUCCGAGACACAGUUGGACAAGCGACUUCGGGCUUGAUUGGCAGCAGAAUCGAAGCAGACCGGCAUAG